AUGUAUCAUUACCUGUGUGGAAGCUUCGAUACAUUGAGAAACUAUUUACCCGAUGGAUUAGUCCAAUCGAAAGAACGUGAUUUUCAUGAUUUAGGGAGUAUUGUGAAUUAUUGCCCUAGUGAAGGUUCAGAAAAAAAUGAAUGCAAAACUGAUCUCGAUAAAACUAAGGCUGGAUUUUUAUGGUUAUUUGAACAAAUUAUUGUUAAUCAUAUUGAUGGUUUAAGUAAAGAACAGGCUAAAGCGUUUAUUACAUACAUUAUGAUAUGGUUAAAUUAUAUGUUAAACCUAAAAAAAGUUAAUGACACCAACCUAAAUGGUUUUUAUACUAAAUAUACAGAAAAUAAUAUGAAUUAUACUAAAUGUAAAAAUGGUGAUAUAGAUUGUAGUAAUUCAUUAAAAGAUAAAACGGGAUAUAAUAAUUUUACGGAAAUCAUAAAUGAAAGAAAGGAUUUGUUGAAUAUUAGAUUUGAAGAUCCUUUUAAAUUGUAUUAUUCAUUUAAAUUAUUAUGUAAUAUGUAUUAUGAAAUUAAUGACGCCAAUCCAGAUUCCGAUAAAUAUUUAAAAACAGCUAAACAAUUUGUUGAAAAAUAUAAAGAACUUAAUGGAGAUUCUGAUAUUACUGAAGAUAGUCCCUAUUAUCAAGUAUUGUCUACAUUAUCAAAUGAUUAUAAUAAUAUUAUAAACGAAUGUACUAGCAAUCUUUUUAAUUGUAUAAAUUUUCCAUCCCUUCCAACAUAUUCACGAAGAUCAGUAAUAAAAAAUACACUAAUUUCAAUUGCAUUUAUAUUUGCUUCAGUAUCAAUUUUCUUGGGUAUUGCUUAUAAGUAUUCGUUAUUUGGAUUUCGGAAACGAUUUCAAAAACAAAAAUUAAGAGAAAAACUAAAAAAUAUAAAGAAGAGAAUAAAUCAUUAA